UAUUAUAAUUGCAAUUUGACAAAGUGGUAACAUUACAACAAAAUAUAACACACCACCUCGAUAUGCAAAAUCUGAAAGUGGCGCUGAUCAUCAGCAAAUUCCAGUAAAAGUAACGCACAAAAUAUCCUGACAGUUGCAUUCCCGUAGUUGCAGCUACCUCGUCUGAAGAAACUGUAUUAAUUAACGUGAUAACUGAAAUUUAAAUAGUUGCGUUAGUGGACUUGCAGAAUUCUAUCACCAGAGAAAUCUCCAGUAAAAUAAUUUUCUCUAAAGAGUAUGCUCAAAUUUUUGUGGUUAAAUCUAUUGGCUCCAAAUACCACAUUCUCGUCAUUGUUUUCCAAAAAGCACUCUUUUUUUUAUUUCAACCUAAACUAAAUCAAAUCCUCAGUUUUAGAGCAAUACUCGUCAACUCCAAGCAUUUGAGAUUUGUCAUAUAUAUAAAAACAAACAUAUUCUAAGUUUGUUGGCCGUGGCUGCAAACAAUAAAAACAAACAGCAUUUGGCCGACUUUGGAAGAUUUGGAUUGGCCAAUGGCCUUCCUAUUUGCAUGCAAUGGCUAAUAAAACCCUUGAAGGCCCAGAAUUGCAGUCACACCCAGAGGGGUACUUCAAUGAGAGUUCGCACCCUUUUGUUAAUAGGGGUGCGUCGAGACACAAGUCCUGCCAGUUCUCGGCGCUGCCAAGAAUUAUUUGAACAUUUCACUAGUGAGGUCCUCGAGUGCAUGAUGACCAGUGAAAGAGGCAGAAAUAACUCUGCUGCCCCAGCACCUGCUCCAUUCCCCGGACUCCCCGGACUCCCCUGCCUCCUCCUCCUCGUACUUUUAACCGCCCCGAGAGCCGACUGUUUAACGGUCAAAUACUCCAUCUACGAGGAGGAGCCGCCGGGCACCGUGAUCGGAAACCUGGCGGCAGACCUACAGCUGGAGGCGGCGGGCACCUUCCGCCUGAUGCACAAGUCCAACUGGUCUCUGGUGGAAGUGGGCGAGAGCGACGGGCAGCUGAGGGUCGGGGGCCGCAUCGACCGGGAGCAACUGUGCCGCCAGCAGCAGGCGGGAGCCGAGCCCGAGGCCGAGCCGUGCCUGCUGCCCUUCGACGUGGUGAACCUGUCCGGGGACAAGUUCGUGCUGAUCCGCGUUGAGCUGCGAGUGCAGGACAUCAACGACCACGCCCCCGAGUUCGGGCGCCCGGAGCUGCGGGUGGAGAUCAGCGAGAGCUCAGCGCCGGGGACCCGCGUCCCGCUGGAGCCGGCGCUCGACGCCGACGUGGGCGCCAACUCGCUGCAGAGGUACCGGCUGUCGCCGAGCCGCCCGUUCGCUCUGGAGCUGCGGAGCGGCGCCGACGGGCUGCGGCGCGCCGAGCUGGUGCUGGUCGAGGCGCUGGACCGCGAGAGCCAGGCCGAGUUGGUGCUGCAGCUGGAGGCCGAGGACGGCGGCAGCCCGGCGCGGACAGGGGCGGCCCGGCUCCGGGUGCAGGUGCUCGACUCCAACGACAACAGCCCGGCCUUCGAGCGCGCCUCGUUCGCCGUGGAGCUGCGGGAAGACGCGCCGCCCGGCUCGCUGCUGCUCCAGCUCCAGGCCGCCGACCCCGACCUGGGCCCCAACGGCGACGUGGUCUACAGCUUCAACCCGCAGCUCGCCGCUGCCGCCCGCCGCCUCUUCCACCUGGACGCGCGGUCGGGCCGCCUGAGCCUGGCCGGGCCGCUGGACCGCGAGAGCAGCCCGAGCUUCGAGCUGGAGGUGCGCGCUCACGACCGCGGGGCCCCGCCGAGCGCCGCCGCCGCCUGCACCGUCACCGUGCGCGUCCUCGACGUCAACGACAACGCGCCCGAGAUCGGCAUCGCGCCGCUGGCCCCGGGCGGCGGCGGCGGCGGCGGCCUGGCCUACAUCAGCGAGGCGGCGGCGCCGGGCAGCCUGGUGGCGUUGGUCAGCGCCUCGGACCGGGACUCGGGCGCCAACGGCCGCGUCUCCUGCGCGCUGUCCGGACACGAGCACUUCGCGCUGCGGCCGGCCUACGGCUCCAGCCACAUGGUGGUGACGGCGGCGGCGCUCGACCGCGAGCGGGCCGCCGAGUACAACCUGACGCUGGUGGCCGAGGACCUGGGCGCCGAGCCGCGCCGCACCGUGCGCGCCCUCACCGUGCGCCUGGCCGACGAGAACGACAACGCGCCCGCCUUCUCCCGCCGCCUGUACCGGGUGUCGGUGCUGGAGAACAACCAGCCCGGCGCCUACCUGACCACCGUGGUGGCCCGCGACCCCGACCUGGCCCACAACGGCCGGGUCACCUACCGCUUGCUGGGGCCCGGCUCGGCGCUGGCCUCGGUCGACCCGGCCACCGGCGCCAUCUACGCGCUGCGCUCCUUCGACCGCGAGUCGCUGGCCGAGGCCGAGCUGCUGCUCCAGGCCACCGACGGCGGCUCGCCGCCGCUCAGCAGCUCGGCCACCGUCCGCCUGGCCGUGGCCGAUCGCAACGACAACGCGCCGGUCAUCACCCACCCGCUGCCGGGCAACGGCUCGGCCUGCGUCAUCGCGCUGCCCGGCGACGCCGGCGCCGGUUACCUGGCAACGCGCGUGCGGGCCCGGGACGCCGACGAAGGGGUGAACGCGAGGCUGAGCUUCCGGCUGCUGAGCGGCGCCCAGGCCGGGCUCUUCAGCAUCGACGGCGGCAGCGGGCAAAUCCGGCUGGGCCGCCGGCCGCUCGGCCUCGGGGCUCUGCGGCUGGUCGUGGCCGUCAGUGACGGCGGCUGGCCCGCCCUGUCCGCCACCGCCACUCUGCAGUUCGUGGUGGCGGCGGCGGCCGAGGCUCCCGGGGGCGGCGCGCCGCUGCGGCCGGGGAAGCGGAGCUGGGACACGUCGUUGGUGGUCAUCGUGGUGCUGGCGGGCGGCUGCGCGGCCCUGCUCACCGCCAUCGUUGGAGUGGCGGCGACGGGUAGGAGUGGCGGGAAAGCGACCAAAUUGGUGGAGACGGCGCCAGUGCCCGCAGAGUGCCGGGCCGCCCCCGCGGGGGGCCGCAGGCGAAAGGAAGCCUCCGAGCAGAGGGACGGCGAACUUGAGGUCGGCGACUUGCUGCUGAAUUCGGCUCCUUCCCCGACCGAGAGUGAACUGGAAGUUGAUGGGUCUCGAAAUUCGGAAGAUCUGAGCAAUCUCGAAUUGGAUCCCAAAGUGGCUGGUACCAAUGGAGAGAGCUUGAUGUCAGAGUCUGGUCUUCAUCAUGGAACCUUCUGUGCAGUUGCCAUUCACCAAGACAGAAAGACUCAAGAUGUAUUUAGUGGAAAAGACAGCGGAAAAGGUGACAGUGACUUCAAUGAUAGCGAUUCUGAUAUAAGUGGAGAUGCGAUGAGAAAAGGAAGUGCAGCUAUUGAUCAAAGACAAAAUGGACUAUCCUGUCUUGAAGAAAACCAAUUUCCUUGCAAUUCUGAUUCACAUUAUAGUUUGACCUCCCAACAAGAAGAGUGCAGCAAAUCAUCUCCUCAGCUCAAACAGGGCUAUGUGGUUGCUUAUUCUUCAAUUCCUACUGCAUUCUUGCAUUCAUCAUGUGCUACCAUAAAUUCAGUUCUACAGGAUCAUCCUUUGAAAUGCACUCACCAGUAUGGUCAUAUAUCAAAGUCAGGACUUCAGACUUCUGAAAAGGUUUUUUCCAGAGAUUCUGGAAGGUCAGUACAUUCCUUUCACCAACCAACAAUGCAGAGACACAAUAAAACACACUCCUCAGCAAUAGGAACUUCUGGACAUAGAUACCAAACAAGCUAUCUUAACAUGGAACUCUCAGAAGUUGCUACUUCAUUUUGAACUCUUGACAACAUUUUAAUUAUUCUUACCAUUGUUCAACCAGAUAUUCUGCUUGUAUUGAUACCAGCUGUCAUUAAUUUGCAAUGCAUUCAGUAUCAGUUUGGUUUUCAUCUUUUAGAAACCAAAUGGGAGGAAGAAAAGUUGACCAGACAAUAUGACAUAUUGAAGCCUGAUGUUUGCAGCUUGCAAAUGGUUAGUGCAGGUAAUAGUCAUUUUUUAAAAAAAAUCAGGAUAUCAUGAAAGAAAAAUAAAUCUUGAAUCCCAGAAUUCUCUUUCACUCAAGUUGCUAAAUUAGUUUUCAGGUGUAAUGUUCUUAAAUCGUGCAUAAUUCUUGCACAUUGGUGCUAGUUCUGUAUAUACUUUCGUAUAUAUUUAAAACAUUUAUAGUGGCAAUAUAAUUGGACCAUAUGGAUACAGAAUAAGUGGUGCUGCAAUGAAUUGGUUUAAAAAGUAGAAAACAGGAAAUAGUGCCUUUUUCAUGGUUUUACUUUGAGAAGUAGAAAACAUCAGCCAUGUUUAAUUACCUUUAAUUCAAUAUUUAGCAUUAUAAUCAGUAAAAUGGAAGAUACAAGACAUUUUUCCCCCACUCAGAGGGAGCAGGGAAAAAAUAGAACAUUUCAACUAAUUCUUCUCUUACGCUUCCAAUGAGAUUGCUGGAAGCAUGAAAUACAUCACGUUUUAUUUUCCCACUCGGCUUUAAUAAGGAAACGAAAGGUUUGGGCAAAUAUUAAAUUGGGCAAGGGAUAAAGUUCUUUAAGAACUCUAAACUUAUUUGUUUAUGGUCUGAAUUAAAAUUAAUCUUUUUGUAAAUAAAUGCCAUUAUUUAAGAUUUUAUUUGCUUUUUUGAAAUUUUGUGAGGACUCGAACUGCCUUUUUGAACAAACUUUUUCUAAUAAAUCUGUUUUA